AUUCGCUUAGAUCCUUAUUCGAGAGUGCGACAGAGUACAGCUAGACGUUACGUCCCCGGACUCAAUCACCUCGCUCGCGUCGUCCUGUGGCGACCGACCAAUUGAUUUACUGCUGAACAUGGCGGGCGUCAUGGCGCCCCCCAGACGAGCACGCCCUUGUCCACGGUGUCGCUCGCCACUCCGACCCAAGACAUUCGGCGUGAACGCCUUUGCUCCCCUGUUACUUACUUACGCAAGCCCUCCCUCCUCCCCAGCCUGCUCAAAGUCGGGCAGUCCAAAGGUGGCCGUGAUGUCGAGCCGCGUCGGCAGCAUCGUGGACAACAGCUGUACGCGUACCGCGCACCGCGCGAGCAAAGCUGCUGCGAACAGCGUGUUUAAGAAUGUCGCGGUGGAUAUGAGGGGGGACGGGGUUGCGGUUGAUAUUGUGCACCCGGGAAUUGUGAGGACGCCGAUGACUGCGGCGAUGGGCGAGGGGAUUCCCGAGGCGGUUGGUUGGGGCUUGGGUUGGGAUGGUGGUUGUGUACAUAGGGCUACGAUCACGAGUAUUGUCAGAUUGUUCACAUUAUGAAGUACGUAACCUAGGUAAGUAUGGAAUUCAAUGUUAUUAGAGUUUAUUUAUUUCGACCCUGUUGUUCUCAGCUUUGCUGGGCUAUGUGCCACGAGCGUGCCAAAAUGCUAAAUCCUGCUCCACCUAGUUAAGCUAUUGCAGUCGGUGCGGGAGAGGAAUGCGUGUCGAGUCGGGGGCGACGACGAUGGCUUCUUCGCCAAUGACCCCUAGACAUGGCCCUCUACGGCUUCAGUAGAGUAUAGUUGCGGCAC